UUUCAAAAUGGCGUCCUUUCAAGAGGCGUUUGAUGUUGUUAGCAAUACAUUUCGAAUUCCUAGCUUAAAUGCGCAGCAAAAAACUGGAAUUAGGAAAAUAGUUGAGGAAAGAAAGGAUGUAUUUGUCAAUCUUCCGACUGGUUUCGGGAAAUCUCUCCUGUAUCAAGCACUACCACUCGUGUUUGAUCUUACCUCGCAAGAGCCUGGUCAUAUCGUCGUCGUUGUCUCACCAUUGGUAAGCCUUAUGAACGACCAAGUGUCCCACUUAAAGGAGUUAGGGCUAAAAGCAGCUAACGUAAGUUCACUUGAGAAUGGUGGACGCACUCGUGUUGAAAGCUGCGAAUAUCCCUUAGUUUACGGAUCCCCUGAAGCGUGGUUGAAGAACGAACGUUGGAGAUUUAUGCUAACGAACUCUGUGUACUCCAAAAAACUCUGUGCCAUUGCCGUGGAUGAAGCGCAUGUUGUAAGACAGUGGGGAACAUCACAAGAUAAUAAAAUGGCAGCAUUCCUUGAGUCUUACUCAAAGCUGUAUGAACUAAGGUCACUCGCACCAAACGUGCCAGUGGUAGCCUUGACUGCAACAGCGACAAAACUGACCAGAGACACAGUUUUCAACCUUCUGAACAUGAAAAAUGCUGUAGAAAUUAAGGAAAGUCCAAAUAAAUUAAAUGUUGCUUAUGUUGUGCAGUAUAUGGAUAAGGACAUGGAACUGGAAUUCUAUUUUGGCUGGCUCACUGAUGAACUGAAACAGAGUCAGGAGAAAACAGAAAGAAGUAUUAUUUAUUGCCAGACUAUAAGACAGUGUGGUUUACUUUAUGCUGCCAUUAAAGCUCUCUUAGGAGUAUACAUGUUCAUUGGAAAUGAUUCAAAACACGUACUUGUUGAAAUGUUGCAUUCCUGCACUCCUGAAGGCAAUAAGCAUAACAUUUUGGAGUCCUUUCAGUCUGCCAGUGGUACCAUCCGGCUACUUAUAGCAACAAUAGCCUUUGGAAUGGGCAUUGAUUGUCGAGGUGUUCAUAGAGUCAUACAUUUUGGACCCUCCAAGAAUGUGGAGUCCUACGUUCAGGAAACUGACUAUUCGUAG